AGUGUGUGGUUGGAGGUGGAACAUGUACGACCUGUGCUUGCCUCCGCUCCUCGCUUACACAGAUGACAAGGAUGAAGGCAACUGACUAAAACACAAUACUGAGGAUAUACAGUGUAGUGACGUGUGUUAAAAGCAGAGACUAGUGGCUGUGUUGAGAAACAGACGGGUGAGUGUGCGACACUGUUACAGAUAUUAACCAUGUUGCCGGACAUCCCCAUAGGCACCCUGGAGGGCGAUUUCAGUGCCCACGCCGGCCGUCACAGUCAAGAUGAUCUAGUGGACACUAACAAUAACGAUCAGGAUACUUGCUGUCGCGACAACAAUACCGAUGACUGCAAAAAUGACGAUGGCAAUCCUGGCAACGAUGUUGAUACACGUAUGUGUCAGACUUCUGCAGGUGCUGGCGUUAAGUACCAGCUGCGUCCCCGAUCGGGGCAGGGGCAGUGUCGUUAUGAUAGCGAGUGGAGCCUUCAUGACACGCUGACAUAUAAGCAGCGACCACCACCUCUCUCUAGGUACCGGCGGAAGACUGCUAACGCCCGCGAGAGGUACCGCAUGCGACAGAUCAACUCUGCUUUUGAGAGUCUGCGUGGUGUCCUGCCGUCGUGGGUGUGUCGCCGACGUGCUGCCUCAGAUCUCACCAAAAUCACAACGUUGAGGCUGGCCUCUGCCUACAUCAGGUCGCUGCAGGACAUCCUGGACGGUAAGGCCCACCAGGAUAUAUGUUCUUGGGUCCUUUCCAGCCUCCUACAAGAUGACCCCAGCUCCAAGAAUCCUCGGAUCGAACUUGACAUUACCAGCUCCAAUGAAACCCAGAUCACAGAGCCUCACAGCACACCGGAGACCCAGCUGGUGACUGUCUUCUGCCAAGAAUCUUCCACAGGCAUUCUGGAGGAUAAUUUGGGGUCAUUCACGUACUCCUUGGCGACAUCUGAGACUGAGGGUGUCACCCUGCUGCUUGGGUGCGAGUCGCUCCCCGCCUGGACACCACAACACCCAGCCAUCGUUACCUGACACAGCUAAAACAUAACCCAAGCUAAACUACACUUGC